GAGAGAGAGAAAGGGAGGGAGGGAGAGAGAGAGAGAGGUGAUAUGGGGGUGAAGGGGAAGGCUGCUUUGGCCAUCCUGGUUCUGCUGCUGUUCCUGGGGUCCAUGUGGCUACAGGGAAGUCUGGAUCGUCACUGGGAAUCUUGUCUUAAAAGUUACAACCACUUUGAUAACGACCCCCCUCUGUCCAACAGCAGUGAUGUUUCUGUGCUGGGAGGGGAGGGGGAGGUGGCUCUGGUGGUGUGUCCUGGCCAGGUGUUCCAGGUGUCUCUGCUGCUGGCCAGCCUGCUGGCCUCCCCUGCCUCUCCCUCAGACGUCCUGCUGGAGCCCUACCUGGCCAGCUGGGACGAACUCAUCAAGUUCAUGGAGUCUCUGGGCCCCAUGGUGGGCCUCAUCUCCCAGGAGAUCCAGACCAAGACCUCCAUUAUCCGCCACCUGGCCCUGGAGGAGGAGGAGAAGAAGGGGGCUGACGGCCCCACCGGCGCAGGAGCCCUGCCCUCCUACUCCUCCGUGCGCCUCAUGAUCCAGGCGGAACUGGCCCGGGGCCUGGUGGACUUCCAGCACUACUCUGAGUCGGGCUGCCGCACCCUGCUACGCCUCCACAGAGCCUUGCUGUGGUUGCAGCUCUUCCUGGAGAAGCUGGCCGCGCCGCGCUCCGCCGGGAGACUCCGUAGCCCCUCUGAGCUGUGCCGCGAGGCCUACCAGAGCACCCUGGCCAAGCACCACACCUGGCUCGUCCGCAAGGCAGCAGAGCUGGCCUUCAUCGCCAUGCCCGAACGAGGCUUCUUCUACCGGCUGGUCUGCGUCCAGAACCAGGAGGAGGCGAGCGCUGUCCUGCACAGGGUGGUCCGGGCCAUCGGGGUGGUGUACGAGCGGACCCAGGCGGCUCUUGAAGAGCACGGCAUGCUGGAUCUUCCCUAGGAGGAGGACUGGGUGCCCCCUGGUGGCCUCCUCUGGUCACGCAUCCUGUCCUUCCUCUCAUGGCCCACGCCUUUCUCACACCGCCUGCGAGAGAGAGAGCAGCCGGGCUGGGUUUGCCUGGAGGACGGUGAGGCCGAGGACGCUUCUAAUCUGCCAAAGCCCCAAAACAAAUAUGUGAAAUACAAUCGGUUCUUGUGGAACAUGUGCUGUUUAUGUUUGACACGACAUUCCUCUCCAAUCUGCUCUGAGACGACUUCUGGGACUACUUUUUUUUAAAGUUGUUUCAUAAACAAUGAAGAAGAUGCAGAUGUGUAAUUUUAUACUGUAGAUUGUUUUUGAUGACUAAUUUAAUCCAACAGCAGAUUACCUGUUGUUGAUUGCUCUCAAUCAGAUACUUGGGACAAGGUCCAGAAUAACAGCACUGUAAGAUUAUAAAAUAAGGACAUGGAUCACGAGCUGAACGUAAGAUGGACUUUAUUCAGAGUAAUCAAAAUAACGAUGUCAUGUUUCUUAAUGAUCUAACCAUUGUGUUGAAAGCAUUCGAUUUUGCACUAGUUUAAAACAAAAUCAUGACUUGCGAGUUACAGAAUUGAUGAUAAAUGAAUCGCAGAACAUUU